UCUUAAGCGAACAGCGAGCAAAUCGACUGGGAGUUAGUGCAGCAAAUCCACUGUUUUCUGUUUUGUAACAGGAUUUUUCGAAUACCUGUUUAACAUGUCUCAUACGAUCCUAUUGGUUCAGCCCACUAAGAGACCUGAGGGAAGGACAUAUGCUGACUACGAGUCUGUGAAUGAAUGCAUGGAAGGUGUGUGCAAAAUGUAUGAGGAGCACCUAAAGAGGAUGAACCCCAACAGCCCCUCAAUCACGUAUGACAUUAGUCAGCUCUUUGAUUUCAUCGAUGACCUGGCUGACCUCAGCUGUUUGGUAUAUCGUGCAGACACACAGACAUAUCAGCCCUAUAAUAAGGACUGGAUCAAAGAGAAAAUAUAUGUGCUGUUGCGUCGCCAGGCUCAGCAAGCUGGGAAAUGAAGUCAGACAACAGAAUCCAUUUUGGUUUGUGAACCUGUGUGUCCAGCUGAUGAUUGGGAAAUGGGUUGAAUGCUGUAGUGAAAAGUUUGUAUUUUUACAAGUUAUGCGUUCCUUUUUGCAAGUUUUGUUUUGUUUUUGUCUUUUUUAAGGGGCAUGUGUGCUUUAUAUUAGGUAGAAAUUUUGUAUUUAAUGAAAGCCCUGGUUCAAAAUAAUUUUGGUCUUUUCAAUAAAUGA